AUUUUAUCCUCCGAGCAAGAUGUCUCUCAUGAACACAUUGUCUCUUACUUUAGCUAUUCUGUUGGGUCUUGCAUUGGUUGAUGCAACAUAUUUUGGUAAGUCUUUAAGAAAAAAAACUAAAUUUCUUCUACAUAAUUUCUUUUAUUGGAAUUUCAUUAAAGAUACAAAUAAGCAUAUCUAGCACUCUGACCGAUGGUAUUCUGUAGGCAAGUAAAAAACAAAGCAUAUACUUUGUAUGUGUUUAAGAUUCCAGAUUCAUUGCUGCUAUAUAGAAACACAAUCGUUCUAGAAUGGACAGCAACCUCUGAUUCUCUUUCUUCUUCAGUGAUCUUUCCCCUUUUAAUCAUUUUAACAAUCACAAUAUUUUGGAGAUUUCAUCAUCUACUCCACACAACUUUCUUGUUAUCCAUUUCUCCCAGCCCUUUCUUCUCUCUCACUGCCUUGAGCAAACCUUCUGUCCUUCACCAUUUUCCACCAUCUCUUUCUCAAUUUACCCUCGAUAUUCCCCAGUCCACAUGCAAUCUCCAUCCCUAGUCUGUAUCAUAAACCUGCCUUAGUCUCUACGUUUCUUCAAUUUCUUCUUUCCUCCGAUGCUCAACAUCAAUUUUUUUUACUUCCAUCGUUCUCAAUAUUUUCUCCUCUCUCAACCUCUUUCUCCCUUUUUCCUUCUUCAAGGGUUUCCAAAACAAAAGUCCAAAGUAAACUUAGGCAACUUAUUUGUGCAGUUCUUUUAAAUGCAGAUCUAAUCAAUAUGUAAAAGACAAAGAUUGUGUUCAUGUUUAAAUCACCAUAAUAAAAUAACCAUAUUGAAAUAGUGUAUACUUAAAACUCCACAGAGCUACAUGGAAGGGAAAACAAAACAGAUAUGGGGCAAAAUGUAUUUAAAAUUCAAAAAUACCAAAGUCCCUGAGUAAAUUGCCGUAAAACGGUCUAUUCUCAAACUCGUGUAUGACAUUGAAAAGGAGCAGAGGGAUUCCCCAGAAACUCAUGUUUUUCCAAAGGUAGGGUUUCAUAAAGAAUGAUAUAUAAAGGAAUAUAAACAAGAAGAACACUGUGUAACAAAGUAUAUGUUUUAUUGGACUCCUUACUCUUAACCUAUGGCUAAGCAGUGGAUUGGCUGAGGUCAUCAAGAUUGAUAAACUCAGCCAGUGGAGAGAGGGCGACUGCCGUGAGACUGGAACAUCGGGUGAAUAAAGGUGAGUGAAGCAUUUUAUUUACUUUAGGUGCGGUCUGAUAAUUCAAUUCAUUAUAAUAAUACUCUAGCGUUAGGAAUACAAAACUAUAGUGUUACUUUAAACUGGUCAGCACAAAAUAUUCACUUUAUUUGGCAGUCAAGCAAUUGUGUAUGUAUAUGUGUGUAUAUAUAUAAAACAGUUCUUCUGGUUCAACUAAUCCUUCCCGUGUUUACUUUUCCAACAGAUGAUUCUGGGAGCCAAGAAAGUAGCGUAGAUUAUGAAGAAAAUAAAUUUUCAGCAGAAAAGAGCAAUAUCCUGGGGCAAGACGAUCAUGCCGAUGAACUAUUGCAUUCUAUCAGUUUUGAUAAGGCUAUUGAAGCAUUCCUAAAAUUUUGCAUAACCGUGAUGCAAGAAAGUAGUAACAAACAGGAAAUUCACAAGGAUAUAAUAUACAAAAGAUGCCACAGAGAAGAAAAUUCAUUGAUUUGCAUUGCACUGAAUUACUGUAAGUAUGACAAUAAGCUAGUUUAACCCCUUAAGGACCAAACAUCUGGAAUAAAAGGGAAUCAUGACAUGUCACACAUGUCAUGUGUCCUUAAGGGGUUAAAGUACAUUGCUUCCUACAGUGAACCUUCGCUUAACUCGACCAUUUUGAAUAUCAGAGCAACAUUAUAUGUAAUGUCAGAGACAUGGCUGAAUGUUGAUUGUUUUUUGCAAUUAAACAAUCUACUGCUGCUGGCCUCUGUCACUUGGUGUGACAGUUCUAGACUGCAUCGGGUGUAGAAGAAAGGGAUGGUGGCUGUCCGACACUGCAGAUGCUGGUUGCCACCCAUGACCCCACAGGGCUGUGAAAGUUUACAUUUUGCGACUGAAUUUGAUGUUAUUGGGUGGGUGGCGCAUGAGAUCACUAUGUAGCUGGGACUGAUGUGAGCAGGGCUCAAGGCAUGAAGACACUGUCAUCAUUAGAUUGAUGUGAUUGGGUUGCAACAAUGAGAGAACUAUGGGGACAGGGGUUAUUGUGGGUGAAGACCAGGAGCGAUUUUUGUAGGUGAUGUGAUUAGCAGGGCUGGGGGUAAUGGGGUUAUGGGGUGGAAUGUGGUUGGGACUGGGAAUGAUGGAGGGCUAGGGUAAUAAGGGAUGGGGAUGAAGGUCAUGUAGAGAUUCUAAGUUAAUAAAACAUAAAUACUCAAAUAUAAUGCUUUAUUAUAACUUCUUUAUAUUGAGGAAUGUUUUCAUGCCUACCAGUAAAUGUGAGAUUAUAAUGUGUUUACAAUAGGGAAUUACUAAUUCCUUUGACUAGCUGCUUGUAAACAUCUUUGAGUCUAAUGUCCUGCAGUUUAUAUAAUCUUACCAUAAGCCUAGCAUAACAUAUAUGCUAGCUGACAGGGGCCUGUUGUUUUUUUAUGCCGUGCUGCAGCGGUUUGUGCACACCUCACGGCUCUGUCUCUUCUUUGUGCACGGAGAGAGGAUUGCCUGGAUAAUAUACAGUUAUUUACAAUACAGGGAAAGCACUGCGAAAACGCUUUUAAAAAGAACUUUUAUAAAUUUUUAUAAACCGAGCAAUUUGUUUCUUUUUAAAUUUCACUGUAAAAACAAAUCAAACUUUUUUUUACGGAUGGGAUUUGAGGAAAGGAAUUCAAAGAUACAAACGCAUAUUGCCUCUAGGGUGUACGUUCUAUGCAACAGAUAUCGCCCUGUUUCAGCUCUUGAUUUGAUAAGACUUGUUAAGCCAGAUUUAUUGAGAACAUUUAAUGUCACGCAUAACAAAUGACUGGAGUGUUACUGAUCAACCAUAUCUAGAGGCAGGUCCCUGUAACUCCAUCCUCUUUAAUGCGCUCUGGAAAUAAAAAAUCUAAACUCUGGGAAGCCAAAAACAAUGUUCCCCUAUCCUAAAAUCUUUUGUGACCUGUGCCAUGUGAUGUGUGCACGUAUGACUGAUCUGGACUCCUUUUCCGAUGCAGGGAAGUUAUACUCCAGAACCUUUACAAACAGUUAAGGAAACAGCACCUAAAAGCUUGUGGUAUACCUAGCGGCUGUUCUUUUUUUUUCUACCUCUAGAAUACUGUUGAAAUAACAACUAUCCCAAACCCUUCUAAAUGGGUAAUCACGGAGUAGUCUUUUAAGUCCUGUUUAAAUUAAUGUCCACUCCAUGUGUAAUUCAAGAGUCAAAAAACACACGUGGUUAUAUGCAUAGUUUAAUACUUCUACUCUGAAUUUUUUUUUUUUAUUAAUGAUAGUGGCAUAAUUAAUUGGUUAAAGGGAAUCUGUGUUAAAACGUUCUAUGCGCAUUCACCCGUUGACCAUUAUAACUUUUCAGGUGUAUAAAUAGUUUGUAAAAUUUAUUUUUUCACUUUGUGUUUUCGUCAGACUAGCAACUCCUCAGCUGUUUUAAUGUUUUAUAUGUUCCCGGGAGCUGACUCACAGGAGAUAUGAAACAAACACAAUAAAAACACAAUAAAUUAAAUAAAAACAGAGUCAGCCAGACAUACAUACAGACAGGCGGUCAAACAGACAUACAUCUAUUAGUAUUACUCGCCAUUAUGUGCUUGGAAUCAUCUCCUACAGAAUCCCUGUCUCUCAGAAGCCCAAUCACUAGUCUCAGUGAAGUCUGAUAUGUCCAGAGAAAAACAGAGGCCAGUUAAAAAUACAGUGAGGGAGAAGGGGGCAUGCACAAAGCUGCACAAUGUUUUUUUUUUUUUUUGUGUCCAUAGUGUCCCUUUAGACUGCCCUUUUGAAAAUAUAGUGAUCUAAAGAAACUCUACAUAUUUAAUGAGUUGAACAACCCAAGCCACAGUGGUUAUAGUUACAUGGCAACCAUGAAUGUAUUUUGCCCUGCCGAGCUGUAAAAGAAAACCCUAGCACAUUUUCUUUGGUCUCCCUCUUCACCACCCAUGAGGGAAAUUGCAUGCACAUACUGACAUUCAUAUACACACAUACACCCAUAUACACAAAUGGACACAUAUACACAGACAUAUACAUUGAUACGCAAGCACACACGGACACAUAAAUACAUAUAUAUACUCACACACUGACAUUCAUAUGCACACUCAUAAUUACAUCCAUAUAUAAUUUUUAUUUCAAUAAAUAAAUAAAAAUAUUUACAUUUUUCAUUAUUAUAUAUUUUUUAACACUGAUGUUUACCCAGCCUCCCAGUUUUUACUAUACAAUUUCUCGAGUGUGGAGUAAUACCAAAGACUUUCAAAUGAGGAACAUUUUUUUUAGUGUUAUUUGCAUUGGUGUGUUGGAAUUGCAAUAAAAUCCAGUUGGAGCAGACUUGUAGGCUGUCCUUGAAACCACAAUUACUUUUCAGACCGAUAUCAACUCCUCUACAUACCACAAACUACCUGUGUGACUGGGAGGAGUCGGUACAUCAUUACCCCUUGAGAUGCAGGAUUGUGAUGCAAUAUUUUAGGCAUGAUCAUCUUAUAUAUGAUAGUGAAUGCUGAUGGUUCUAAGGUUCUCCUCUGUUGAUAUUGAUAUUAAUAUUACAAAUAUACAACAAUUGUAAUAGUCUUCAACAUGUCCUCUGUCCAUUAAAUUCUCCCUUUGCUUUGAUCUGAAGCCUCUUUGCUUCACUUUCUCAAUUUGAGUCCAACUUAUAGUCACGUGUCUCUUCUCUCAAUUUCAGGUCCACAUCUGUCUAUGUUUUUUUCUUCUUAAUAUCAAAAACGUAUUAAUACUAAUUUUGUUUUUACUUAGAUGACCUUGAAAAAUAUAGGAAUUACCGUUACUAUGCAGGUUCGAAUAAGCGAAGUAAAUAUGGAUAUGACAUGUAUAAAGAUGAAAAUUUGCUAAUGGAGCAGCAUCUGUAUAAUGAUAGAGAAUUGAAUUCACUGGAAGAAGAAGAAUUAAUUUCUGCUCUAAAAUCAAAUUUGCUAAAAGAGAAAGAUUUGGAUCUGAAUUCAGAAUUAGGUUUUCCAGAAGAUCAAGAAAUCCCUCUUAAUGCAGCUUUAGAUUUACUAGAAGAAGUCACUCAAGAUACACAAAUAGAUAUACGAGAAGAGCCGGAUUUGGCUCCUAUUCCAGAAUUAGAUUUGCCAGAGGAGCAGGAACUGAAUUCUAAUCCAGAAUUAGAUCUGCCAGAGGAGCAGGAACUGAAUUCUAAUCCGGAAUUAGAUUUGCCAGAGGAGCAGGAACUGAAUUCUAAUCCAGAAUUAGAUUUGCCAGAGGAGCAGGAACUGAAUUCUAAUCCAGAAUUAGAUUUGACAGAGGAGAAGGAAUUGAAUUCUGGAACGGAUUUAGAUUUGACUGAGGAGCAAGAAUUGGCUUCCAAUACAGAAGUAGAUUUGCUAAAGGAACAAGAAUUAAUUUCUGAUACAGAAUUAGAUUUGCCAGAGGGGCAUGAAUUGGCUGCUGAAACAGAAUGUAAUGUACUAGAGGAACAAGAAACAAUUCCUGAUAAAGAAUCAAGUACACCAGAUGAGCAAGAAGUAACUGCUAAACCAGAAUCAAGUACACCAGAGGAGCAAGAAGUAACUCCUGAUCCAGAAUCAAAUUUACCAAAGGAGCAAGAAGUAACUGCUGAUCCAGAACCAAGUACACCAGAGGAGCAAGAAGUAACUCCUGAUCCAGAAUCAAAUUUACCAGAGGAGCAAGAAGUAACUCCUGAUCCAGAAUCAAAUUUACCAAAGGAACAAGAAGUAACUGCUGAUCCAGAACCAAGUACACCAGAGGAGCAAGACGUCACUCCUGAUCCAGAACCAAGUACACCAGAGGAGCAAGACGUAACUCCUGAUCCAGAAUCUAAAAUAUUAAAGGAGCAAGAAAUGACUCCUGAUCCAGAAUCAAAUUUACCAAAGGAAGAAGAAAUGCCUCCCGAUCAAGAAUACAUUAUACGAGAGUAGCAAGAAUUGUCUCUUGAAUCAUAAUUAAGUGUGCUGUAAAGUCAAGAAUUUUACUUAAGCAUUGAUUAAAGACUCAUCAUAGAUAUAAUAGCAAAACAAUGCUUGAUGCAUGAAAUUCCCCCUACUAGGAGCUUUGCCUAAAGGACAUGAGAUAUUUAUCAAAUAAUACUAAACAAUAAAAUAAUUUCUUAUGGCUUAAGAUUAGUAAUAGCAUGCUGAGAGCACAAAGAAAGAUAAUUUAGACAAUGUUGGUGGCAGGUAUGUGAUAUAAAGCAGUAAUACAAUGUAGUUCAUUAGCAUUAGAGACAAUAAACACUAAACACUGAGAAAUAUACAUGUAGCCCAUGUCUAUUAAUAUAGUAAAUGAUAAGUAUUGUAAGGAAGGGCAUGCACUAAUCUUGCAUCCAAGGGACACGAUUGUCUCAUACAGUAAGAUACAAUUGCACAUCGAGUUAUUUUUAAUGAAAAUUAUAUUACUAAUUCUGUUUAAUACUGUUCAGUUACUAUCAGGACUGGCGCUACCAUAAGGCGGCACAGGUGGCCGCCUUAGGGCGCUCUGGCCCGGGGGUCGCAAAUAUCCAGAUGACCACCAGGAGAGAUGUGCACAGCACUCAUCUCCUGAUGUUCAUUUCCUGUAGCAUGGCCAAGCGCCAGUACCUCUGCUGCUCGGCACAGAAGGAGAGGGCGCACGAGGCAGCUCCGACCCAGAUCUGCAUUUCCUGUAUAGCUCCCUCGUGCACCUUAUAGAGGUCCUGGGAGCCGUAAUGUGCCAUCAUAUUCUGACUUCCAGGCACCACUGCAGGGCGCGCGAAGGAGCUAUACAGGAAAUGCGGAUCUGGGUCGGAGCUCCCUCAGAGUAGCACUGCAGCAGCCCACUGGACCCCAGGUCUCCAGAAGGUAGGAAGAUUGGGUGGAUUGAAAAGUGUGUGUGUGUUUCUUUUGCAAGAUAUUGUCCCUCCCUCUCACCAUUGCCGCAGUCCCCCACACAGCUGCCCUGCUCCCUCAAUACAGUUACCAUAGCCCCAGUCCUCUACCCCCUUUCCCACCAUAGCCCCAGUCCUCCAUAAUGCUGCCCUGUCCCUUAAAACUGUUCCAACCCACCCCACCAGAGCCCCAGUCCCCCACAAUGCU